AUGCCCCGCCGACGCGGCCCAUCGCACCCAGACGUCCUCGCGCUCGCUGCGCGCGCCAGCAGCGGCGCCGACGCACCUCUCAAGGACCAGCUUCUCCGGCGGGUCGCGUCGUCGUCGGUGGUUAUGCCCUCGCGGCAACCCUCUCAACGCCAUGACGAGAAGCCACACGGACGCAGCAGCAACCACGUGCCCGGGAACCUCGACAUCAUCGACUCGGCGGACAAGCUUCUCGCCUACACGCUGCACGUGAUCGACUCGCGUGGACGGGUCGAACCUCGGGCCAUUUGCAUCCACGGUUGGGACAGCGUGUUUGCGCCGCGGCGCAAGCCGAUUGAAGUGCUGUAUCUGACGUACAACCCGCACCCGCCGUGCCACUUUCGCAACGUCUACUGGCUCACGCGGUCGCCCAAGGACGUGGACCUCCGUGACGAGUACUUUACGCUCACGUCGUAUGGGCUCACGCGCGUCUUGGGUCUCGAGUCUGAGCUCUUUGACCUCGAAGCGUGGCUGCGGGAGAAGGCCAUUUUUGACAAGAUUGCGCACAUGCAGUGCAUUCACCAAAUGCGCAAAAUGACCGUCUUCCACACGUGGAAGCACAAUACGAUCGGCCUGCGCAUCGCUCAAGCCAAGAAGCAGCUGGGCGACGCGCUCCUCGCGUGCGAUCCCAUUGCAGGACCGUUUUUGCUCACGGUGCAACGUCUGGUGUUGGACAUGAUUCACGCGCUCUCAAGCGACCUUGUGCCCCGCGGCAACCCGCAGCCUGUCCAAGCGUUGUCCGAGCAUCGCGUGCCGACGGACGCGACAUGCGCUCAGAUUGCGUCAACCGUCCAGUAUAUCCAGGGGCUGCUGCUCGACGCUCUCCACCGCCUCCGCGCCGGGCCCAACGCCGAUGUCACGACCGUGCGCUUUGGUCGUCUCCUAGCCAACGCCGACGUCCUUCCCGUCUUGAUCCGCACCGUGGACCUCAUGCUGCUCGGCGCGUACUUUACCGGCAUCAUGACGGCGCUUGAGCGGCUCAACGUCUCCGUGACCGGCUCGACGCUCUCGGCCCUCGAAGCACGCGGCGCGAGCACGGUCGGCGUUGCGGGCUCGAGUGGCGGGUCCCGCGAUCGAUACCUGCACAUGGACCAGCUCCUCAAGCUGCCAACCGAGCACAGCGGGUCGAUCGCAUACAAGCGGCUCUUUCACUUGCACGGAGACGCACUUCCGGACCCGCUCUUCUUUGUGGAGAUGACCGUGGCCGAGGACGUGAUCAUCUCGCCACCCAAAGAUGUGACGGUGCGGCAUUUGUACGAAGCCGUCGCGUUUGCAAUCACGCGCGUCGAUACCUUUCCGCGGCACCUCUUGCCAGCGUCGGCGACGCUGCGCAACCAUAGCAUCGUCGAGCGCAUUAUGAAGGGGUUGCGGUCGGCCACCGACAUUUACUAUGUCGAGAUGGAGGAGCUUGCGGGCGCGAGCCGGCUGGUGCACAUUGAGUUUGGUCGACUCCAAGACCAACUGGCGGUGACGACCCGGGACGACGCCGAGCUAGAGUCCAUCGUGCAGAACGCCAUGGCCGAGACCGCUACCAGCGACGAUCUGGUCGCGUUCGUUGAGGACCUCGAGAUGGCAUUGCAGUUCCAGGCCGACUUGCGCAUGGUCGACAGCUUGCUGCAGAUUGGUCCAUUCCUCGUGAACCGAAGCGCGUUUAUCGGAAGUAGCUUGGACGCGUGCUCGGCGAUGCUACGCCGGCUCUUCCGCCUCGCACCCGAUCGGUGCAACCGCUACUACCAGACGUCGCAUGCAGUGCACGUCGGGCACACCAAGCUGCUCUCGUCCAUCCCAGACUCGCUCGCCGAGUCGGUCGCAUGGCUCGACGCUUUUUUGCUUUUGCGCACCGAAUUGCCCGACGACGCCCGAGCCGACGACCAUCCUGCCACACGCCUCGAGGCACUCUUGCACGCGAGUGAUGCCACGUGCGACGACAUUAGCUACGAGACCAAGUGCGACCUUUCAAAUGGCGCGUCGCCGCAAAGUCACUGCACGAGUCGUAUUGAAGCCAACAUGUCGUUUUACAUGGAGAUCCUCACACGCACCAUCACCGUGCGCCAAGACGCGCUCUAUUCCGAGUUUCAAAUGCUCUGGAGGAUGCUCGAGAUCGAGUGGCGCGCGAUCGAAGCCGAAGACGCGGCGACCGACGUCGUCGUUCACGGCUUUUACGGUCGCGCCAAGACCGUGCCUGACCUCAUGUCGCAAGCCAAGCGGCUCUUGCACACGGACGCCGAGCUGCGUCGGUUUGUUGGCCUCUUGGAGCACUUUAAUCCUCUGCACGCUGGUUUGUGCCAACGCCCCAACAAGGCCGCGAAACAACACAACUGGCUGCAAGGUCUCCUUGUGCUGCACGACAACAUCCAGCGCUUGAUCGAGCUCAAGACACGCUACGCCAACGAGCCGCUGAGCGCGCUCGACAUGGCGGCGCUCGCACACACGAUGGAAGCUAUCUCGUGGCAGACUUAUCCGCUCGCAACGGUGCUCGGGCCGUCGCAGCCGCUGCUCUUGCGAUUCCAGCGCCACUUUGCCGCCUUGGAACUUGCCCGCUCGACAGCGGACCAUAUGCUUGCGUUCAAGCCCGACUCGUGGCUAGCCAUCGCGCUGACACCCGACAGUUGUACGCUCAGCCAGCUUGACGAGUGGCUCACGACGCCGGUGAGAAAAGCAGAGCUCGACGCGGUCUGCAGCGAAUCGGCCAUGCAGCUCUCGGUGCAUGCGACGUGGAGGGCCGUGUCAGACCAGCUGCGCCGCCUCACGCUCACUCUGACGCCGAUGCACCGACUCAUCUUUCUGACCAACGUGCAUGACCUCAUCGACGCGUGUGAAGACGCGCAGCUCUCGCUGCUGACGAUCCAGCACCGCGGCAACUCCGGUCUCGGCGAGCUGCAGACGACACAAGCGUCCUUGGCGCGAGCCCUUGACAUCCUCUGCAACUUGGAUCGGCUACAAGAGGCGUGGCACGCCACGGGGGUUCUUGUAGACCUUCCUGAGGCGCGCAAGGUGUGUGAUGCGACCUUCCACGAUGCGCUUCGAACUCUCGAUGGGAUGAGCACCCAGUGGCGUGACAGGGUCAUGGAGCUCUCGCACACGCUGGAGCUGCAGAACCAGGGGCCCGCGUUGGAGAAGCUAGGGGCUGCCUUCGAUGGCUUUGACUUUGAUGCAAGUAUCGCAGCGUGCGAUGCCCUUACUGCUGCUAUUACCGCAACCUACGAUUCGAUGCGCUCUGAAGUCCCACGGCUGUGCUUUCUCUCGGACGCCGAUCUCUGGGCGCUCGUGACGCGCAAGGCGUCCCCCGACACGGUCCGCGACGUCAUAGUGCGCUGCUUCAAUGGCGUUGCUGACGUCGAUGUCGUCGCCGAGACCGCGACGGUCGACUUGGACGACGCCGUCACGAGCCACUCGUUUACUCGGUGGAUGCUCGCAGGGCACGCGGUGACGCUCCUCAAGGCGGUUGUCUUCCUCGACGGCAUUCGACUGCAGCUGCCAGAGCCAUUUCGAGUCGUCGGUGGUCUCGUCUUCUGGCUUUCGCGCCUUGACACAGACUUGCGCCGCGCGAUGUUGACGCUCCUCGGCGAGGCCCAGAGUAUCAUCACGUACGAUGCCUCGAUUGCAGCCCUCUGCGAGUGGCUCUCGACCUACUCCUUACCGGUCGCAUUGACCUUUCUGCACAAGAGCUUUUGCACUGCGCUGCGUAGCGUCUUGCACUCGAAAAGCUCCGUCGCCGCGACCAAAGUCCAGCUGGCAACCACGGCGUCGACGCACGCAGCGCACUUUUUACGCCUCGUCGCCUCCCUCCGGCACCCGCGGGAUCCCAAAACGGUUCUGCGGCUCGAAGCGGUCGUGUUGCUUCUCAAGUACGAACUCGAGACACUUGACACGAUGACGCACGUGGCGUCGACGCGCGAGUGGGCCGACGUCGCCCGUGCUUACGACCGCACGUUACGCUUCGAGUCGCCGCGCGCGAACGAGAGCAGCCACUUGGUGGCGGCCAUGGGCCACAUCACAACGGCAUGCGACGUGCACAUUGAUGUCCACGCGCCACUACUCUUUCUGACGCCACCCACUGCGCGGUGCACCUAUGCGCUUUUGCAUGUGCUGCAGCUCAACGUCUGCGUGGUGCCCUUCGCCCUGCGCGGGUCUGGAAAGCGCACGCUCUUGCGCAGUCUCGGUAGCUUUCUCAUGCGCUACUUUGUCUGUGUCCACGCCACCGAAGCAACCCCGCAUCGCGUCCUGAAGCAUUGGCUCGCGGGCGUCGACGCGCUCCGUGCGUGGGUGUGCGUCACCGAUGUCUUUGCGCUGCCGCUCUCGGUGCUGCGGGCGUUUUUCGCCGACAUUCUGCAGCUCCAGCAUGCGCGGUUCGGCCAAACGAUCCGCUGGCGCCAUGACGAUGCAAGCGGCGCGCUCUUCCUUCCGGCACACGCGCUCACGCCGCCGACGCACCUCGUGGGACCGUGGCUUGGCCAGCCGCUGCGUCCGCUGGCUGUGGUGUCGCACGACCGCCGCCUCGUGUUGCAGAGUCUCUUGUUCAUGAAGGGGUUUUCCGAACCCAUGUACAUGGAGCUCGAUGGAUUCUUGACGACGCUCGCCUUGCUCGAGCCGAACGCACCGCGCUAUUUCAGCGUGAGCCUCUAUCAGCGCGUGACGACGCUUGCGUCAGCCAUCGUGAAAUCGGUGCGGUACGUUCUCAAAGCGGCCGGGCAUGCAGUGUCGCACCUCACGUACAACCCGUCGCCGCUCAACAUUGCGCGCUACAAGGACACGAACGUCCUUCGCUUUGCUCUGCUCCUCGUGCUCUCGCCGCUGGUCGACGCAGGGCAUUUGCAUUCGGCCUUGGAUCGUUUCUUUCCGUCGACGAUGGAGCUAGGACAAGAGUACCGCAUGUUCGAGGCAGCGGUUCGCGUCGUGCUCGAGAAAGCAUCGCUCAUUGCAACCCCGCCACUGGUGACCAAGGCGGUCGCACUCUACAACCAGUUUCAGAUGCGCGCACCAGUUCUCCUCGUGGGCCCCGCGGGCGCCGGCAAGUCGACGCUACUAAAGGCAUGCCUUCAAGCCCAGCAGCUCAUGCGGUGGACCCUAUGCCCGCAGUCGGAUCCGUCGGCGCAUCUCGCCAAGCGCAUCAACCUCGUCUUCUUGGGCAUGCAUGAGCUGGAACUCAUGGCGUUGCACUCGCACCUGCGUCGGCAAGGAUCGACGAAUGCAAUUUUACACACGUUCUGCCAGCGUCCGCCGAUCGCGUCGACCGAAACGAUGAGUUGCGUCGUGUUUGAUGGUCCGCUGCCACGGCUCUCAAGCGCGCUCGAGAGCUUGGUGUCCCUCCUCAGCGGUGACACGCGGCUCUACGUACCGCCGCCGCUCCCGCCGCAGCAUCGCGUUGCGACCUUUGACUGCAUGGUGCUGGAAACCUCCACGUUGACCGACGCGUCGCCGACGAUUGUGACCUCGUGCAACAUCCUGAGCCUCGACGACACUGUCAUUCCGUGGACAUCGCUUGUGGAUGCGUGGCUGGUACGGCAAAGCAGUGCGCUUCCGCCUGCGGUGAUUGCAAUCGUCAAGCCCAUGGUGCUCCACAGUCUCGGGGCGUGUAUGCUGCCCCACUUGGAGCUCGCUCCAUUGUCCGUGUCGAUACCACAACUGGUUGGCAACGGGCUCAAGCUCUUGACGGCCACGUUUGGCUCGCUCGUGCACGACGGGGCGUCGACGUGGCCACUCUCAUCAACCAUGACGGGGCAGCUUGUGUUCUUACUCGUGCUCUGGGGCGUCGGCGCACACUUGACAAGCGAGCGGCGACGCGAUCUUCAAGUCUUCGCCCUCGGCGCUGCCAAAGUGCCACCAGUGGUGGUUGACGCUGAGGGCUUGUUGCAUAAGUUUCCGCAGCUGCCGCACUGGACGCAGCCGACAUUGUUCGAGAUUGUCUUUAAUGCGCGGGACCACACGUUCGGGCUCACGAGUGCAUGUCAGGAGACGACCGUCGCGCACAUGAGCGCCGUGAUGGUGCCGACGGCCCAAGUUCGGUUUGCCUACGGCGUCUUUCGCAUUCUUCAAAAGACCGCGGCCAGCAGCAGCUCGAUGCUGAUCCUUGGCGGACGCGGUGCCGGGAAGAGCACGCUUCUAGCCGCGCUGCCGCGGCUCGUUCGGAGCCACAAGACCCAAGUGUGGAGCCGCGUGGGCACCGAGCGCCGCUAUGUGUCGCUGCUGCAGAAUCUCUUGCACCACCAGGAGCAAGCGCAGUGGGUCUUUCUCGAUGACGUCGAUCUGUACGGUCCGAGUUUGGAGCUUCUGCGGUGUGCGCUGAGCCACAAGCGGCUCUUUGAUGCCGUCCGCAACCAAUGGACGCGGCUCAACGUAGCCAUCUGCGGGACUCUCUCGCUGGCCCACGAUGCGUCGCUGUCCUUAGCCGAGCAGCGAUGUAUGCGCCCGUACUUUCUCUUGCGGCUGAGCGACCCGCACGCUACAGAGCUCGCGGCCAUCCAUAGUGCGAUCGUGCAAGAGCGUAUUGGGCGCCCGCUCUCGCCAAGCGAGCACUCGAUCGUUUCGACAACGGUCACGACAGCGCUGUCGCUGUCAAGCCAACCAGGCAUCCUCCUCCUCUCGCCGUACAUCACCGCAGACGUGGUGCGCCGCACGCUGAUCGGCGAGGUGCCACACGAAGCACCGACGUACGCUCGUUGGUUUGUCGAGCUGCAAACUGCGUUCUACAGCGCAUUUGUAUCGGAGAGGGAUCGCACCGACUGGCGCCAGCACUUCAUGGCGGAUAUCCCGCCGCAUACGACGCUUCCUGACUUUGACUCGGAUGCGAGUUUCGUGCCACUGCUACGUGCGUUGCCACUGCCCACCGCCGUGCUAAAGGCCGCCGCCGAGCCGGCUUUUUACGCUCUACGCGCGCACUUGCUGUCGCAGUUGAAGCCGACCGACGUCGAUUUGGAGUGGACCGCGCGUCUGAGUCCACCGCUUGUAUGGCACUACGUCCAGCUGUGCCACGCGCUCGAAGCGCGCCAUCACGUUCUGUGCGUUGGCUCUCGUGAGCUCGUGGCAGCGUACGUGCCGUUGCUGUCCCAUGUCGUUCGCACCUGCGGCCGGCCACAGCCGAUCGUCCUAUCGUACUUGACGUCCCAUGAAGACGUCCUGGCGCACCUUGCGUCGUUGCUGUUGGCGACUGGAAUCCACGAAGAGGAUCGGGUCUUGUGUGCGACAGAGGCCGAUUGGAUGCAGUGGCCGAGCGUGGCCAGUUUUAUACAAGAUGUCCUCGACGGCAACCACUCACAACUCGCGCGGUCGGUGGUUCUUCAACACGUCGUCGCCACGUCGCUUUCAAGCUCAUCGCAUGUCGACAUCCUCGACGCCUUCAUGCAGCGCGUCCAGCGCCACCUCACGCUCUUACUCUGGGGCUCCUCGGCGUCUCUUGCACCGCUGCUCACGCGUGCACGCGCCAGCGUCCGCGUCAUCGCCCUUCGGCCGCCGCAUCGACACGAGACCGACUUGCUGCUGGCGGCGAAAGGAACGAUGACGCACUUGCGCGACGCGCACCCGGACCUCGGCCUCUCGCUCAGUGACUGCGACCACUUGGCAACGAUCAGCGUUCAAGUGCACGCGAGCGUCGUAUCGCCGACCAAGAGCUUCGGGCAUCUCCUCGAGACCUUUGUGCACGUCAUGGCGUACAAAGCCUCCAAAAUGGUCGACGUCCGCAUUGAGUCGGUCACGCAGCUCUUGGCCUGGCUCGAUACGCUCAAAGUGCAGUACGGCAACGCGACCGAGCAGCUCGAGCAGCUCGAGACGGCCAUUGCAGCAGCCCAAGGUCGGCGCACUGCCGCGGAAGCGUCGUUGAGUCCGAUGCAAGCGCAGCUAAGUGCCUCCAUGGGCUUGAACGAGCGGCUGGCAGAGAAAUUGCGGUCGCUCCAAGAAGCUUUUGGUGCGGACAAGCACGCAAUCGAAGCCAUCGAGCGGCAGUUGCGCGCCGAACGCAAGGUCCUCCACAGUCUGCAGCUUCCUGCACUCACACUGGCCGACCGGCACAAGCUCGCCGACGAGUGGCGCCUCGUACCUGCAUGUCGGCAUUUGCUGGCCGCCGUGUGCCACGCCUACGGCAUCGAUGACCACAGCGUCGAGGCAGUCUGUCGCCUUGUUGAGAAUCCCAACGCACGGACCGAGCUGCUUGCCAUGACGUUGUCUGACGAGACGCCGCCGCUCGGACUCACUGCCGCAGACGUCUCGACGCUGCACACGCUGCACCCGGCGCUCGCAGUCCUCGGUCGCGUCCUCCUAUAUCAGCGGGACGCAGCGAUCGCUCACGCGCAGGUGACGCGCCUGUCGAGCGCCAAUGGCCGUCGCACGGGCGAAAUCGACCAAGUACGUACCGAGCUCAAGGAACUCCACGCGUCCAUGGUGUCGCUGGAGGCAGCGAUUCUCUGUGCUGGAGCUGGUGUCGCCUCGGAUACGCAAGAGCUCAAGCAGUUGGCGUCGUGCAUGCAAGCCACUGAAGCAGAAGUCGAGAACCUCGCGCCGCUUCAGGGCUACCUCGACCGUCUCCAAGCCCUCAUCCGGAGCAAGUACUUUGCGCAGCGGUGCGGAACGCACUUGACGUCCGAGGGCGCGGCGCUCUUCAUUUCCGCCAUGAUUGCCUACCUUGGUCCGCUUGACACGCCGGAUCGAGCACGCUUGAUCCAGUCGUGGUCACUCCUCUUCACCAGCAACAACUAUGUCCUCCCGCUGGAGCUUGGUAUCGUGCAGGACAGCGCCGUCGCGCUCUACUCGAGCCUCGAGGCCAGCAUUUGCGUGCCUCACAUGGACAAGCGGCUUCAGCACAGCCUUGCGAUCGCCGACUGGUCACAGACGUGUCCGCUGCUUUUGGACCAGAACGGCGCGGCCGAGAGCUACAUGACCGCGUUCUUCCAGCGCAUGAAGAGCGCGACGCCGGCCGUGACGUACUCUGUCUACUCGAUGAGCGACGUGAACUUGCUUCCGUGCCUUGAGGUUGCUCGGAAGGCGCGCAAGGUCGUCUUGCUGACGCAGUAUUCAACGGCAAUCUCCGACGCGCGCUUUCGGCAGCUCCUGCCGUUUCUGCGCGCCUCUCGGAGGCCGCUUUUGGAUGCGGCGCGCGGGCUUCCGCUCUUGUCGCACAGCGGUUCGAACAAGCUCCUGCCACCGACGCCAAGCCGGCGCGCGCGGUCGCUGUCGAUCCCGACCUCCGCUUUGGCGUCGGUCUUGCAUGCAGUGCUCGCCCGCGUCUUCGCGCAUCUCGCGCGGCGUGUCUCGAGCGAGCAUCUCGAUGUGCUGUACACGCUGGUCGCAUUGCUGGAGAGUGUCGAGACACCCGCCGAAGUGCUGCGCUGGGUCCAAUUCCUUGCGUCGCCCGCGGCGCUUUUGGAACGGGCAGAGACGACAGCGGUCGUGGCUGAGCACGGCCGACGCGCCUCCGACGCGCGGGGACCAAGCGCCUCGAUGGGGCAUGUCCAUCGCCUCCGUCGCCUUCGCAGCACGGUCGAUAUGCUCGACCAUAAGGCGCCCACCAACUCGUCGCGCAGUCUCCAAGGUAUAUCGCUCCCGCAGCUGCUGCCUACCGCGAUGCCAACAUUGGCAACGUCUGGUUUUCUCUCGCAGGACAUGUACGACGGCCUCGUGUUCUUGGAAGCACACGUGCAUGCGUUGCGGGGCCUGAGCGACGCGAUUCGCGCCGACCCGAUACCGUGGCGACAGACUCUCGCGACCGCACUCCAAGGCGAGAGCCGCGUGCUGUUGUGGCCAGCUCCGUGGGCAUCGCGCUUGGCACCGCCCCUUGUGUCGCUUCUGUGCAUCAAGUGCAUUUGUCCCGAGCUCAUGACGCUUGCGUUGGCCAAUUUGAAAGACAGCGCGCUCCAGAACUUACUUCCCGGCGGCCUCGUCCUGCGCGACACCAUGUGCACGCCGUACGUCGUUCUCGUCGCACCCAACGACACCCCGCUGCCCAAGCACGUGCCUGAACUCGAAUUGAACCUGACGUCACGGAUCGCGUUUCAAGCUCGCACCGCCGCCGAGACGCUCGCAGCGGCCCUCGCCAGCGAAUCCAGUCUUGUCGUGCAAAUCAGCUGUGCAAGCGACGCUGCCGCGCUCCUCGAGAUCGUCCAGGCGCACACGCUUCAACGGCCUCUCUUCCUUCUCGUCGACGCGCUGCUCUUGCCCGAGCUGCCACGCACGCUACUGUACCAGUCGCAGCUCGUGCGCCUGCCCAUUGCGCCCAUGGUGGACGCGGACGCACCGAGGGCUCGGUCGCCGAUGCACGAAUCGCACUUGCAACACUCGGCGGCAGAGGCGCUCGCCCGCAAGAUGCCGCGGCUCCACGACUGCGCUGUCGAGAAAAGCGAGGCGCUCGCCGUUGGGUGGACGCAGUUUGUGGCCCGGCAGUACCACCUCGACGAGGCCGUCGCCACGCUGCAGCAGCUGUGCGAGAUGGGAGUCAAUGACGCCGCCGACGUGGCCUCCGCGAUCCAAGACGGUGUCUACGGCGCGGAUAUGACAGCGCGGGAUAGCACCGAUGCGAGUGUCCUUCUCACCGACCCGCCGCCGCCACCGCGAGGGCUCAGCAUGUAUUUACGGAAUGCGACGUACGCGCGGCAGUCGCAGAGCCUGCAGCAGCACCUGCUGCACGUUGUCGCAUCGCCCGAGAGCGCGCCGCCGUCGUCGUCGCUGGCGAUGGAGAUUGCAAUGCCAACGCGGUCGACCAAGCCCGUCGCCGGACACCGCGGCGUCGCGGAGGCCGCCCUGGACGCGGUAUUCCACCGCCUCAAAGCCGACAGCUCCGCUUUCUACCACCUCCUCUUGACGUUUCUCUCGAGCGCCACCGAGUCGGCGCUGCCGUACCUCGACCUCCACGUGCUGCCGCCGUCGUGGCUUGGCCUGCCAGAGACAACGCGCCUCUCGCCCGUGCGCCUCCACGCUCUGGUCGCGCAGCUUGACCGGCGCUGCGACUACCUGCACUUUCUGGGUCAUCCCUCGGCGCAAUCCGUCGACGUGGGCUUGACGCUGCACCUCCACGACGUCCUCAGCCACAUACGACUCGUGUACGCCGAUGCACUCGGCGGCUGCGUGUCGUCCCUGCGCCUCGCCCUGCGCGCGUGCUGCCCAAAGGACGACAGCGUCGGCGGCAUCGCGCAAGACGCCGCGCAGCAUCCGUGCGGCCUGGUCGUCGACGGCCUCUGGCUGUUUUACGGAACAGGCUUCGCGAAGCUGCCGACCGCCCGCCUCGUGUGGGAGCGGACCACGUCCGAGAGCCAAAGUCGCCAGCUUGAACUUGCAUUCUACAGGCUCUGGCUCCUCCGGCACGUCGGUGAGGCCCCGUGGGGCGAUCCGCGCGUCUUUUCAUGCAUUCAGGACGGCGUGGACGUGUCGUCGAGCGACUGCAAUGCGCUCUUUGGCGACGACGUUGACGUCGCCUUGGUCGUCGCCUAUGGCACGCUGCUGGCACCGGCGCUGCCCGAGCUCCCGGACGUGGUCACGCUGCAGCAGCCAAGUCGUCGGAGAUAA